AUGUGUGACACCUGGAAUGCGUUUGGUGGCUUUCUUGGAGGAAGGUGCUACUGGCCGCCCCUGAGGCAGAUUAAGAGGCAGACUGUGCAAAAGGCGGUACUCGAGGCGUUUGUUGCGUUGUCACUGGGAGCCAACAUUAUCCAGUUUGUCGAGUUUAGCGGUAAGCUGUUCACAAAAGCGCGGCAGGCGCAUCGGUCCGAGGAUGGAGCAACCCAAGAGUACACAGACCUUGAAUCUACCUUGGAGAGACUCAAAGUUCUCAAAGACGACCUAAUUUCCUCAGCAUCCACUGUUUCUCGAUCCCACGGGAUACGUUUGCUCCCUUCGACGCUGGAAGAGUACUUCCUGCAUAUCCUUUCUACUACGGACGAGACCUACUCAGAGCGUGCAGCUGAAACUUUUGAAAUCGCUCUCAAAGCUAUCGAGCCUCUGUCUUUGUUUACAUACUCGUACAUCGAUGAAGAAGAUCCACAAUAUGGAAUCAACGCAGAGAUCAAGGAGCUGUGGCGUCAUGAGAUCAUCCACCGACUGCAAACCAUGAAAAGACGUCUCAAUGCACGCUGCAAUGGAUUGCUCGAGAUGACAAUCGACCGUAGAGAUGGUGAUGAACGUGAACGUCUCAGGAAAAUCAUCGAUGAUCCCGAAGACGCAUCAGUCGUAAUCGAUAUUAUUGACAAGACCAUUAUAUUCGACUCAUUCAAGGUUGACUUUCUCCAUCGGACCGUUCGAGACUUCCUCAACACUGAGGACAUUCGAAGAACGAUUAGGCAAAACAUAAAAACCGAUUUUCAACCAACAUCUGCAAUAUGUCGAGCAUUCCUAGCUCAAAUCAAAGCACUGCCACCCAGUUUUCCCGCUCGUCUACAAGGAUAUUGUUCUCUUGUGGGGCAAAUGGUCCACGGGAUUCUUUCCCACGCAAGAGUCUCUGAUGAAGAAUCCCAAACCCCCGGAAAUACAGACGCUGGAUGA